AUGUCCGCACCCCCCGACGCGCCCAUCGUCUACGCCGCGAGCGUGAACCCCCCGCGCCGCGCCAAACGGCAGCGCACCGGCUCCGUCGGAGACACGCCCUCCUCCCCCACCGCCCCCACCACCGCCCGCCCCGAUCCUCCCCAAGCAGCCCACGGGCGGGUACGCAGUGCCGUCCCCGACUCCGACGACGCAUCCGACGCGGAGGACGACUACGACCCCGGCCGCGACGCCGCCCCUGCUCCCAAGCGCCGCGGCCGCAAGCCUGGGACCAUGUCGCGCUCCGCCCGCGAGAGCCUCGCAAGCUCAACCAUUCCCGCAUCGAGAAGGCUCCACCCUGUCGGAGAGCGCGAUCAGGUCGUCGGUGGCUCCGACGGCGUUGUGGCCCCACCGCCUGCCCCGGUGGAGGACAAAGGGAAGAAGGGCAAGGGCAAAGUGGAGGGCGGGAGCGAGAAGGAGUUCAAGCUCGACGUGCUCGUCAAGACCGUCGAAUACAUGCAAGACCUCGUCGCGCGCGUCCAGGCGCUCGAAGCCGUCGUCCAGGGCUGCGGCUCCUGCCGCCCGCGCUCGGUCCCGUUGUCGCCGAAGCGCAGGCGCGAGGGGCGCGAGGACGACGCGCUCGAGGGCAUCCAGCGCGACGCCCGCCGUCUGCGCCUCGGGCACCCCACCCACCCCCACGGCCGCGAGGAAGACGACUCCUACGGAGGCGACGACGAGCACCCGUCCCCGACGCCGCUCACCGCGCCCUCCGCCCCCGCCUCCACAUCCGCCCCCACCCCCACCUCCUCGCGCGCGAGCGACCGCUCGACCGCCUCCCCGCGCCUCCCGCCCAUCGCGUCGUGGCUCCCGCACCCGUACGUCGACCCGAGCAGCCUCAUGUCCGGCCCAUCGCCGACCCGCGGCCCCUCCCCCAGCGGCGCCCCCUCCGCCCGCGCGCCGGCGAACGUGCAGCUCCCGAGCCCCCCGCCGUCGGGCCGCUUCCGGCCGACGAUCACGCUCGCGAACAUGCCCGCGCUCGCGCUCCCCGCGCCCGCGCGCCCCGUCCAGCGGGAGCGCGCGGCGAGCACAACCUCGCACUCGCAGCGGCCGCCAUCGCACCAGCCGCACCAACACCAGCAGCAGCAGCAGCAGCAGCAGCGCAAGUCAAUCUCGAUGUCCCCGGUAGUCUCGCCGACGUGGACGCCGGAGGACGAGUCCGCGGCGUCGCUGCUGCUCCAGAUCGGCUCGAAGCCGCGGAGCGCGUCGACGAGCUCGACGGGCUCGAUGGCGCUCCCUAUGGUGCGCGACGACUGGAGGGAGGAGCGGGGGUUCGCGGCACCGCGCGAGGUGGUGACCCCGAGCGCGUUGCUUGGGAUGAGGGAUUGA